AUGAAUUUUCACUAUGGACUCAUCAAUAAUCCUGAAUGUGAUGAUGACGAUGACAUAGUAGAUGAGUAUCAAGAUUUAAAGAAUACUAUCUCUGAAGAUAAGCUUAGUUCUAUAAUGAAAACCCUAGAGGAUACUGAUUGGAAAGAAGAGAAACGGCGUAGUAUCAAUGUGGGUAAGAUUAUAUAUGAUGAGAUUAUUGAUUGUGCAUUUAAGAAGGAGACAAAUAGUGUGUUAUUUGCUUCUCUUAUCAGUGACCUGUGUAUUGAAAACGGGGUUCAUGCUGAGGAUGAUGAUGGGGUUUUGAUGAAUCAAGGAACCAUAGACUUAGAUUCUGUUAAAAGAUUUUUCAAAGAUGAAGCAGAUGAAAGAGAAUGGUUGGAGGAGGAGAAAUUUGUUGGAGGUGAUGAAGCUUUUGUUAGAAGAAUCAUAUUCAAGCAUAUGCAACAAGAUAUGAAAUUAUGGAGGCUUUAUAAAGAGGCAUUCAUUUAUCAAAGGAACAUGUUUGAGUUGAAUUUUUAUAAUGGAGGUCCGAGUCCUCCUGAAUUUCCAGAUGAAAUCCUUGAACCCUUCAUGACAGAUGAGCCUAUGUAUGGACAAGAUCGAGCUACAUGUGUAGCGGAAGAUGAAUCCUUUGUGCAUGAUAAUGGUGAUGAUUUAAAUGGUAGAGAGAAAGGAAAGAGUAAUUUGAGUGCAGCUCCUCCAUUUUCACAAUCAGCUACUAGAAGAUUCGAAACAAAAGUAAAAACUUGUCCAAGUGCAUCUCUUAUGGCAAACAAAAGCAAGAGGUGUACUGAGCAUGAAGGAAAUGAAGAAGAGGAGGUGAUGGGGAUGAAACAAGUCCAUCAAGUGGUAAAAUAUAGUAAGAAGAGGUUCAAAACUACAGCUUGUAGAACAUUCAAAUCCAAGUUCAACAUACUCUCCUAA